UGCUCCCAGGUAUUCGCUCUCACCUUUCUCAUAAGCUAGCGCGCGGUGGAACGCGAAUCUUUCGCCGGAGGAAUCGCGAGGGAAGAUCAACGCUAUUUAUCUACUGGACACGAACUCUUUCUCUCUGCUUAAAGGAUUUCACUGCCAGAUAAGGGACGAUGUGGCGCAGUACGACGUUACUCGUCGUAGCUGUUCUCGGAGCGACGAUGGGUCAAGAAUACAUAGGACAUGCCCUGUUCGUGAGAACGUCGGACGACGUCGUCGAAGCUGCACGCUCGAGAGUCCAGCGAGCCGCUCCAGCGUCGGCUGCAGACGUGAUGGCACAAAAUAUCCUAGAGUGGAUUCAAGGGAUCUACCGACAGGGCGCACGUAAAAUUCGCCAACAAUCGGACAACGCCUAUCUGCCGCCGUACAGUACCCAGAGACCUCCGGAAAAGCCUCGACCCUUCCAGCCGGCAGGAAUCAACCAACAGGAAUCGGCUUAUUCUCCGAGUCAGAACGAAGUGACCAAUUAUCCUUAUCAGAGACCGUCCUCCUUGUACACGCCGUCCAACGUACCCUACUCGUUAUCUCCCAACGUUGAUACUUCUCACGGUUUAUCGACGCCCAGCACUCUCUAUGGUUCACCCACCAGUUUACGUCCGUCCUCUACUUACAUCCCUCAAGAUAAUUAUGGCAGUUCUCCGACGUUUGGUUCACGGCCGCAAUCUUCCACCUUUCCUCCCUUCGGAGGUACGACCGGCCCUUCCAAUUAUCCAUCCGCCGGAACGAGACCUGGGACUUUCCCUUCUUCGACACCCUCGACGUCCCAAUCGUCCACUUAUUUGCCGCCGCAAUACAGUGGCUUCCCGUCGAGCGGUCCAAGCACUCCAAGGCCACCGUCGACGGCGUUACCGCCAAAAGUCUCGCAACCCGUCGGUGGUUAUCCCUCUCAACCAGGUGGUUUCUCGACGACUUAUUUACCACCAAAAACCACUGGCUUCCCUUCCAGUACUCCGUCCUCCAGACCCUUCAGCUCCGUAUCUCCAUCGGCCGGUUAUCCCUCUCCCGCCGGUUUCACCACUUCCUACGGAUAUACCUCUCAAAGACCAGGAUUCUCGUCCACCGGUACCGUAUCCGGUAGUACGUACGACUCGCAAGGUGGUUACGUUUCGCAGCCAUCUCCCAGCCCGGGAUUCCCUACGCCUGUCCCAACGGGCACCGUAGACGGUUCCGCCGGUUACACUUACUCGACUCCCGGCGCUACGCCUUCCCCGCCUUUCCCUACGCCCAUUGGAACGCCUGGCAUCGCUCCCGGUGGAGGAACGACGGGUCCUGGUACGACCGGUACGACUGGAGCUGGUAAGAUCCCAUUGCUUCUUUUUUUUUUUUCACUACCUUGCACCUUGUCCUUCAUAAUUUCGUUUAUCUUUCCCAACUACGCAGGCGUAACGCAGAACGACGAGGCCGACGACGAUCUCAAACAUCCACCCCAUAUUCAUAAUAUCUCGGUCGAAUGUGGCAAGACGAUGAUGACGAUCAACAUCGAAUUCAAUCGUGCCUUCGACGGUGUCAUUUACUCGAAGGGCUUCUUCAUGAAUCCAGAUUGUCGAUACGUCGAACAAAAUUCUGGAAAAACCGAGUACUCCUUCACCGUCAGCUUGGACUCUUGUGGAACGCAAUUCAUCAAUGACUUCGAAGGCGAGGCCGGCCAAGCCUAUCUGGAAAAUGUCUUGGUCUUGCAGAACGAGCCAGGGAUACAAGAGGUCUGGGAUACCGUGCGAAGAGUACGUUGUCUUUGGGAGGGUAACAUCAACAAGGCGCUUUCGGUAAAUUUAUCCGUGGAUAUGCUCAAUCAGGAGAUCGUGACGUUCAGCGGUGACACGGCGGUAGCUAAAUUAGACAUACAAAUCGGGAAAGGUCCGUUCGCUCCGAUAGCCGAUGGUUUGGUUAAAAUCGGAGAAACCAUGACGCUGGUCGUAACCGUGGAAGGAGAUCCUGCUUUCGAUCUUCAGGUACGCGAUUGCGUUGCACGAGACGAGAGCUCUACUAACACCCUGCAGCUUACAGACGAACGUGGUUGCAUACUUAAACCAAAAUUGUUUGGAGCGUUUCAAAAAACGAACGACACGGGGAAUACAGGUGCCUCGAUUAUAGCCUAUGCAUUUUUCCAAGCUUUUAAAUUCCCCGAUGUGAUGGAUUUAUUCAUCGAAUGUAACGUGGAACUUUGUAAAACGGAUUGCCAAGCUUGUCCGGAAUCGAAUCAACAAAUCGAACCAGGUAGAAGACGUCGCUCGGUAUCUUACGCACCUUCGAACGCGUCGAUGGUACCGCUAUUGACAGAUCCAGUUAGAGUCGGACGUGGUUUUAAAGUGAUCAUGCUCGACGAUUUGAGUGCAGUCAGUAAUCAAGUGUUGGAGAACAUCGAAGAGUCGUCCUUUGUAAACGAAGUUUCGAAAGAGGAGAACAUUUGCAUGAGUAAUAAUGGUUUUUACGCUGCGUUCUCACUCUUGUUAGGUACGCUUAUUUUAAUGACCGUUAGCGCAGCAGCGUUGCAUAUAAAAUUGCAAAGAAUUUAUAGGUCGAAAUCCAUCGAUACGUAGUAAGCUAUUUAAUUUUUUGUUCUCCUGUAAGACGAAUCACGUGGUU